AUGGCAAUCAAUACUCCAGUAAUUUACAAGAUUAGAGAAUUAACUCCGCGCGAAAAGAAAUUGAUCAAAGCAUCGAUUCCAAUACUCGACGAGGAUGUAUUAACUUCCAAGUUUUACAAUCAUAUGCUCACUGAUUUUCCAGAAGUGAGACCUUUUUUCAAUGAAACCCAUCAAAAGACGAUGAAACAACCCAGAAUUUUGGCGUUUGGUUUAUUGCAUUACGUUAAGAAUAUUGAUGACCUAGCUCCACUUACAACAUUUGUAAAUCAAAUAGUUGUUAAGCAUGUAGGUUUACAAGUUAAACCGGACCAUUAUCCUAUUGUUGGACAAUGUAUUUUGGAUACGAUGAAGACUUUAUUAGGUGACAGAAUUGCGACAGAAGAAUUUUUAACUGCUUGGGCAACUGCGUAUGGCAACUUAGCUCAAACCUUGAUCAACGCGGAAGCUGAUAAAUAUAAGUCAAAUGAAUGGGAUGGUUUCCGUGAUUUCAAUAUUUCACGUAUUGUGAACGAAUCUAAAAACGUUAAGUCCGUUUAUUUCAAACCUGUUGAUGGCGGAAAAAUUGCUAUUCCAAAGAGAGGACAAUAUGUUUGUAUAAGAUUCAAAUUACCAGACUCAGAAACGGAGAAGGGUAGGGAAUAUUCUCUUUCGCAAUAUCCAAGUUCUGAUGAAUAUCGUAUUUCUGUUCGUUUAGUCGAAGAUGGUCAGAUUUCUCCAUUUAUACAUAACGGAUUACAAGUUGGUUCUACUAUCCGUGUUACUCCCCCAGCAGGUCAAUUUGUAUAUCGCGAAGCUAACUCUGAUAAAUCGGUUGUUUUAUUUGUAGGAGGUAUUGGAAUUACUGGAUUAGUUUCAAUCACUGAAAAGGCUUUAGAAAGUGGUCGUCAGGUGUACAUGCUCAAUUCUAAUAGACAAGUUGAAACCAGACCUUUUGCUAAGUGGUUGCAAGGCUUAAAGGAAAAAUAUGGAGAUAAAUUCAAGCUAAUUGAGUUUACCUCGAAUGAAUCUGAUUCGGGUCUUCAUGCUAUCGACAAGUUGGAAUCUCGUAGAUUAGCUGCUCAAGAUUUUGACUUUGUUAAACCAAACUUCGAUUAUUACAUGUUAGGUCCUAACCCAUAUAUGAAAUUUGUUAAAGGAGAGUUGUUGAAUAGAGGCAUUGAAGAAUCGGCAAUCACUUCUGAGUUUUAUGGUCCUAUGGAAGUAUAA